UAAAAGUUACUUACGUAAUGUAAGUAGUGUUGAAGAAAAUUAAGCGGUAGUGUUAUGCAAGUUGGCAGGCGUGUACAGUAUCGUUGAAUGCUGAAUCGCUCCAGUGUAAGAAGCAGAAUUUUCGAUUUCCAGUCGGUAUAUAAAAGUAACGAUAAGAAUGAGUGAGCCUCAAUCGAAGAAAGUCAAGAUGACGAGCUCAUUGACACAACUAAAAGAAAUCACAACGAUUGUCGCCGAUACCGGUGAUUUUCAAGCUAUGGAGCAAUUUAAGCCAAUAGAUGCAACUACAAAUCCCUCUUUGAUCCUUGCUGCAGCUAAUCAAAAAAAAUAUGCUCACUUAAUAGAUAAAGCUGUACAAUAUGGAAAAAAGUCUGGAUCUACUUUGACAGAACAAGUUGAAGCAGCUUUAGACAUUACAUGUGUCCUUUUUGGUAAAGAAAUCUUAAAUAUUAUACCUGGUAGAGUUUCCACGGAGGUAGAUGCUAGGUUGUCUUUUAACAAAGAAGCUAGCAUUGAGAAAGCCAAACGGUUAAUUGCUUUAUAUGAAGAACUUGGUGUAAAUAAAAAUCGUGUGUUAAUUAAGCUUGCUUCUACAUGGGAAGGUAUUCAAGCAGCAAAAGAACUGGAAGAGAAAUAUGGAAUCCAUUGUAAUUUAACGCUUCUAUUUUCUUUUGCUCAAGCGGUUGCAUGUGCAGAAGCAGGUGUAACUCUCAUAUCACCGUUUGUUGGCAGAAUUUUAGAUUGGUAUGUGGCAAAUACGGAUAAAAAGUUGUAUGAUUCUAAAGAAGAUCCAGGUGUUAUAUCUGUAACUAACAUUUUUAAUUACUAUAAAAAGUUUGGAUAUAAAACAGUUGUUAUGGGUGCCUCAUUUAGGAACAUUGGUGAGAUAAAAGAAUUAGCUGGUUGCGAUUUUCUAACUAUAAGUCCCAAGCUAUUAGAAGAAUUAGAAAAGAAAAAUGAACCAAUUCGCAGAGUACUUACAGUAGAUGCAGCAAAGAAAUCUGAUCUUCAAAAGACCAGUUUGAGUGAAGCUGAAUUUAGGUGGCUUCUUAAUGAAGAUCAAAUGGCAACAGAUAAAUUAAGCGAAGGUAUUCGAAAAUUCACAGUGGAUGUUCGCAAAUUGGAGAAGCUAUUGCAUGCAAAGAUACAAUCUUAAAUAUAACCAAAAUACUUUUCUUAAACAUACUUAUGUAACAAAUGUUUUAUCGUAAAUAUCGUACACAACAAUACUAAAAAAUAAUAAUUAUUUCGAAUGAUAAGUUUUCAAUAUGUAAUACAUUCCACUCUUUGUAUUUCCACAAUAUAUGAACAAUGUACAAAUGAACAUAGAAAUUAUACUUUUAACAUUAAAUAAAAAUGGGAUAUUAAGAAAGUGCA